AAUGAAACGAGUUUUUUUUUAACCUGACUACACAGUUUGGUCGACAUAGAAACGAGGAGAUUUAUACUACAAGACUGCUUCAAGAUGAUUGGAUAGGUGACUGGCGAAUGCUACACGCUCGAUCUCCAGGAUCACCAUAUGUAUAGAGCGUAAAGUGUAGUUAUAGUAGAGAUUGACUGCUCAAAAGUGGAUUUAUACUACGGUGGCAAACAAGCAUACGGCCCGCCUGAUGGUUAGAGACAGUCCUAGGCCAAACUAUAUUUCUACCGUCUAAAAAGAGGAGCCUAGUGGUAGCAUUAAAUUAAAACUUCAUUUUGACCAAAAAAGAUCAAACAUACUAUUUUUACUUUGGUAACCCUGAACUUAAAUAAUGCGCAUCUGUACCAUGCUGUUUGUGAAAAAGGUCGAAAUGUCAGUCACUUGUGUCACUUCACUUGUGACACUUGUCAUGAUUGACAUGUGAAAAAAAUAAAUAGAUAAAAUGAACGAGUAGGGAGCUAUUUAAUAAGAAAAUACUUAAACUUAUUCAUUGGAGCUGUUGAUUAGUGCAAAACAAUGGCUUUGCCGACUGCCCAACCAGCGGAGGUUCUAAGAGCGUGGCAGAAAGACGACCAUUAUGAGAAACAACUUGCGGGAUCGUUGGCUAGGCUUAUGCCUUCAAAUCAUGCGUCUAAAGCCAUUCCCAUAUCUGCCCUCCUUUAUAAAUCGUUUACUACGCUAAAUGACUUGCAGACUCUCGGCGAAGAAUACUCCGGAAUCGUUCAAGUGGAUGAAACUUACCUUAAACUCCCAACAUUCGGCAAUAGACUUCUCAGCAUCUUGUUAUCAGCCUUUGGUGAAAAUUUGACAAGAAGGGUCCUUCGUUACGCCGAAGAUGCCGUUGAACAAAAUGCUACGUUAAAACCUGCGGUCCAGAACUCGCUUGUAGUGUUCCUUAAGGCUGUGGCGAAUAUGUUGCCUCAGUUUGAGAGCAUACACAGAGCUCUGUGUUAUAUUAGCGGUGGGCCGAUACAACUCGGGAAGACCGCUUCAGGGAUUGAUUAUGUGCAAGUUAGACCGGCUGCUGCAGCGUACUAUGCUCAUUUAAGGUUAUUAGGUAUGGUAACUCUGCUGCAUGCUUUCGUUUCUUGCGGUCAGAGCAUUUAUCAGGCUAAGAGACACAUGGAUCAAAUGCGAGAGUUUCCUAAUGAAGUUGAUAGUAAUAAAUCAUGUGUAGCAUGCUUGGAAGAGAUAGUUCAGCCGUGUGUGUUGCCGUGCGGACAUAUUUUUUGUAUGCAGUGCAGUUAUGGUGCAUUGGAGACAUGUGCAUUAUGCCGCACACCAUUUUUGAAGAAUAGUGUUGUGCCUCUUAUGAACUAUUCUCCAUGACAUUGUAAAUGUUUUUAUUAGAACUUGUAUUGUAUAACCAAAGGUAAAGCAAGGGCAAAUAGUGCAUAAGUUAUAUUAAGUAGUCCGUUUUGUGAAUAUUGUAAAUAAAAGGGUUUAUUUUUAUACUAAUAUUGAUUGGGUACUUUGUAAAUAAAGGUACAAUUCUUAUAAGUAUAA